GUAGAGCUUCUCUCUCUCUCUCUCUCUCUCGUUGUCUUAAUAUUUUCAACUCUCUCUCUCUCUCUCUCUAGAGGGUGAACUCUGUGUGUUGUGGAGAGGGAAAACAAAUGGGUUGUUUAUUCUGCUCUGAUAAAUCCAAGAAGAAACCUAACUUUCAGCAGAACAAGAAGCCAGAAGAUCAGAUCUCAUCAGCUCAAGAUAAAUCCAAGGUUAAUUCUGGUGUGGGGUUAAAUAAAGAAGCUUUGAAAGAUGGAGGAUCUACACACAUUGCAGCACACACAUUUACAUUUCGUGAAUUAGCAGCUGCAGCCAAGAACUUUAGAGCAGAUUGUCUUUUGGGUGAAGGUGGGUUUGGUAGAGUAUAUAGAGGCCGAUUAGAGAGCACCAACCAGGUUGUGGCGAUCAAGCAACUUGAUCGUAAUGGGUUACAAGGAAACAGAGAGUUUCUUGUUGAAGUGUUGAUGUUAAGCCUCCUUCACCACCCUAAUUUAGUCAACUUAAUUGGAUAUUGUGCUGAUGGCGAUCAAAGACUUUUGGUAUACGAAUACAUGCCACUUGGAUCAUUAGAAGACCAUCUUCAUGAUCUACCUCCUGAUAAACAACAACUUGACUGGAACACACGGAUGAAAAUAGCUGCGGGGGCCGCAAAAGGGUUGGAAUAUCUACAUGAUAAAGCUAGCCCUCCGGUUAUAUACCGGAGAAAAGCAAUCGAUCACGCCAAAACCGGUUGUGAACAUAAUCUCGUUGCUUGGGCACGGCCUUUAUUUAAAGACAGGAGGAAAUUCGGGCAGAUGGCUGACCCGAUGCUUGAAGGGCAGUACCCUGUAAGAGGGUUGUACCAGGCACUUGCUGUGGCUGCAAUGUGUGUACAAGAACAGCCUACCAUGAGGCCCGUCAUUGCUGACGUGGUGACCGCUUUGACUUAUCUUGCUUCACAAAGAUAUGACCCGCGGGCCCGCUCCCGGUCCCGGUCCCAGUCCCAGUCCCAGUCUCAAUCAGGCUCUUCCACCCCAAGAACACAACGAAACAGUGAUGCUGCCAAUGCCUUGAGGUGAUGAAAGAUUGAUUCAUGCUUUUUGCUAACGGGAAAAUAUGAGUCUUUUGUGUUUAUUCUUUUCAACUUUGUUUAUUUCUGUCCCACUAUAUUCUUUUUUUUUUUACUUGACUUUUCGUGUUUUAUUUAUUAUUAAAGGAUUGGAGAUUCUUGUAAUUAGUUAGCUCUAUAUAAAAGAUUAGCGGUCAAUCUGGUUUUUUGAGUCUUGCAAAUGAUGGGCUUGUAUUACAUUUGUUAUGCAUUGGAC